AUGUCGACGCCGCCCAGAUCCUAUUGGUCUACCCCGCCCAUCGACACCGAAGCCAAGGCAGAAAGCUACCCCAAACGGCAUAGAGAAAUGGGUACACCGGACGAGGGGAGGCCAACACACGGCUCCGAUUCGGCCUCGACAUGUGCCGCCGAGCUCCGGCGACCCGCCAUUUGCCCGUUUCUACCGGUGGUCGUCCCGUCUUUCCUCUGGAAUCCUGCUGACCCCCGCAUGCAUACCGUCAACCCAAUUAGAGGAUCCGAGUUGCAUAUGAAAGUGUCCAAGUGUCGAAGUCGCAGUAAACAAACUUCCUCCCUUAGCGCCAGAAGACAUUCAGAAAUGGCACCAUCCGCAACAGAGACACCUGCCGCCAAGCAGAUUGAGGAUCUCAAGGAGAAAGACCCCCCGGUGAAGGAACAAGUCAAGGAGGCAGUAUACGCAGACGACUUUCCGCCCCUGGAUGAGGAGCUCCCAGAAGUACGGAUAGGCCACAAGGAACCUCUCAAGACGACGGGGGUUCUCGACCAGUUCGAGCAUUUCGAAGUGACGCCCGUCAUCGGCCGCGAGUACCCGACUCUCGAUCUCAAAGAGCUGCUGCGUGCGCCCAACUCUGAUGAACUCCUUCGUGACCUAGCAGUCACCAUCUCGCAGCGCGGUGUCGUAUUCUUCCGCAAGCAAGACAACAUCGACAACGACCUCCAAAAGGAACUCGUCCAACGUCUCGGCGAGCUAUCCGGGAAGCCCUCGACUUCGAAGCUCCACAUCCACCCCGUCAACAAUGCCGGCCGCGGCGACACCAAUGAUGAUGAGAUCAGCGUCAUCUCGUCGGCGCAGGCUAAGCGGCUGGGCAUACACCGCUUCCUAAACUACACCAAGAAGCAGACGCAGAGGUCACAGUGGCAUUCCGAUAUCACGUUUGAGCCCGUGCCGAGUGACUAUGCGCUUCUUCGUCUAACACAGCUGCCCAAGACGGGAGGAGACACGCUCUGGGCCUCGGGCUAUGAAGUAUACGACCGAAUAUCGAAGCCGCUCCAAAAGUUCUUCGACGGCAUGACAGCCACGUACGCCCAACCAGGUUUCAACGCAACCGCAGAGAAAAACGGCUUCAAACUCUACUCGGAACCGCGCGGCGCGCCCGAAAACGUGGGCGAGCUCCUGGAGGCCAUCCACCCGGUAAUCCGCACGAAUCCGGUGACGGGCUGGAAGAGCGUCUUCGCCGUCGGCCUCCACGUCCAAAAGAUCAACGGCCUGUCGGACGAGGAGUCGAAGCACUUCCUCGACUGGUUCGUGCAGCUCAUCAUCGAGAACCACGACCUGCAGGUGCGGCACCGCUGGCAGAACCCCAACGACGUCGCCAUCUGGGACAACCGCUCGGCCUACCACGCCGCGACGCCGGACUACAUCGUGGAUGACCUCGGGGAGAGACAAGGGUCUCGUGCCGUGAGUCUCGGGGAGAGGCCGUACUUUGACCCCCAGAGUCAAAGCAGACGGGAGGCCCUGCGUGCCGAAGCUAUUGCCGCUUUGAAGGCGGAUUACAGCUCAUGA